ACUCUUUGUAGAAAUUGUAGUCGUACAAAUAUACCCUUAUUAUUUUGUUUUUCACAAUUCAUAUAAAUAGUGACAUUUUAUUGUUCAAUGGUUUCUUAUUAUUUUCAUAGAUUACUGAAUUGUUAAAAAGAAAUGUGUAAUGCAAUCAAUUAUUUUUCAAAGUAAUAAUGCUGUGAACACUGAUCAUAUCUAUCUACACUUUGUUCUCAGUAAUAACUUAAUAUGAGUUACCAAGACGAACCCAGUUGUUACGGGGCUUCAUUCCCCAAGGAUUUUAGCUAUGGACCAUUUGAACAGAACGGGGAGGGCGAUAAUACGUCAUUGCAAGAAGAUCAUAAACCACGGAUUCUGUUAAUGGGACUAAGAAGGUCUGGUAAAUCAUCCAUACAAAAGGUUGUAUUUCAUAAGAUGUCACCAAAUGAAACAUUGUUUUUAGAAUCUACCAACAAAAUAGUCAAAGAUGAUAUAAACAACAGCAGCUUUGUACAAUUUCAAAUUUGGGAUUUUCCGGGACAAAUUGAUUUCUUUGAUCCAACAUUUGAUUCUGAUACUAUAUUUGGUGGCUGUGGAGCUUUAGUAUUUGUUAUAGAUGCACAAGAUGAUUACCAAGAUGCUUUGGAGAAGCUACAACUCACAGUAACUAAAGCAUACAGAGUAAAUAAUAACAUUAAGUUUGAAGUUUUUAUUCACAAAGUAGAUGGAUUAAAUGAUGACUACAAAAUGGAAUCACAAAGAGAUAUUCAUCAUCGGGCUACUGAGGAUCUUGCAGAAGCUGGCUUAGAACAUGUGCAUUUAUCAUUUCAUCUAACAUCAAUUUAUGAUCAUUCUAUAUUUGAAGCGUUCAGUAAAGUUGUUCAAAAAUUGAUUCCUCAAUUACCAACACUAGAAAAUCUUCUUAAUAUUCUUAUAUCAAAUUCAGGCAUAGAGAAAGCAUUCCUUUUUGAUGUAGUAUCAAAAAUUUAUAUAGCAACAGAUAGUUCGCCUGUUGAUAUGCAAAGUUAUGAACUGUGCUGUGACAUGAUUGAUGUUGUCAUAGACAUUUCAUGUAUCUAUGGAAUGGUUGAUGAAACAGAUGUAAAUACAUUUAAUAAUCAAAGUUCAAGUCUAAUAAAACUUAAUAAUGGCACUGUUUUAUACCUACGAGAAGUUAAUAAAUUCCUGGCCUUAGUUUGUAUAUUAAGAGAAGAAAAUUUUCAAAAACAAGGUGUGAUAGAUUACAAUUUUUUGUGCUUCCGCGAUGCUAUAACUCAAGUGUUUGAGCUGCGUAAUAAAUGUCAGAAUGCUCUUACUAUGGUGCGAGCAAGAUCAGGCACCCCAGAGGCUAUCCCCAACGGCGCCGCUGACUCCACGGAGAGCACGUCAGACCAUUCGCAAGUUAUACAACUACCAUAGCAUAUUUGUAUUUACUCUAUAUUAUGGUCAUGUAUCCGAAAUACUUAUAAGAUUAGUACCUAUAUAAAGACGACGUUAUUUUCAUUUAAAGAUUUAAC